CAGGCCCGGCUGAGGGCCCGGGCCAUGGCGGAGCCGCUGCUGUGGAGGACCUUCUCUCGGUUACGGGGCCGGGAGCGACCGCGUCGGAAGAAAUGGGACGGCAAAGAGAGAGAACCCCCCCAGCCCGGCCCUGAGCCACUGCCAGACCCCGAGGCGUCGUCAUCCCCGGUGAGCCUGGAACCAUCAGCAUCCCGCAGGCAGAACUGGGCUCGUUUCUCCAGCCGUCAUCCACCCCCCAGACCCACCCUGGAAGGGUUGGAACCCAACGAGCAGGACGGAACCAGCAGCACCCCUCCAUCAGCUGCUGAUCCACCCGGGGAUGAACCACAGGAGCCGGUAGAGGAGGCGGAUGCAGCAGAACUCGGAGGUGCGGGUCGGAGCCCAGGGCACGGUGCUUAUCUACAGAGCCUGGAAAGGAGCAGCCGGCACUGGGUGCUGUCCUCGGGGAAGGCAGCAGGGCUGGAUGAAACGGGUGGAAGCGUGGAGAUGGAGGUCGGAGCGGGAGGCAGCGAAGGGGAGAUUUGGUACAACCCCAUCCCAGAGGAUGAGGAUCCUCCGAAGGAACGCAGGGAGGAUGAGGAGAACCCAGGAAAUCGCGGCGUGGAGGAGGCAGCUGCUGGCAGGAGCCAGGCUUGUGCCAAGAUGCCCAUCCCCUGCGUCAGCUCGGCGUCUGUUCUCCCACCCCCAUCCCCCCCCUCCAGCCCCGGUGGCAGCAAGAAGAGCCGCUCCCUCGGCAAGGUGAAAUCCCCCGGCACCGUGCGCCGCCUCUCCAUGAAGAUGAAGAAACUCCCGGAGCUUCGGAGGAAGCUGAGCCUUCGCAGCCCUCGGCCGAGGGGCCAGGAGGGCAGCACUUCUCCUUCCGACCCCCGGAAGGAAUCCAGCAACGUCAUCAGCCGUUAUCACCUGGACACCAGCGUGGCGUCGUUGCCUCGAACCAAAGCAACCAGCAAAGGAGGUUAUCUGAGCGACGGCGACUCGCCGGAGCUGCCGGCUAAAAGUGGGGCGAGAGACCGAGAGGAGGAUGGGGAAAAAGGCUUGGAUGUGGCUUCAUUCAGACCUUACAGCUGCGGGGAGCUGCAAAGGGGAGGGCAGAGCAUCUCCGGGUUGGUCAACGUCCAUCUGUACGGCGUGAGGGAUUUGAAACCUCCCGAAACGGGGGAGGUUUUUUGUGUGUUGCAGGUGGAUGGGGUCAACCGGGCUCGGACGGCUCUGCUGCCCUGCAAGGCAGCUUUUCUCGGCCUCAAUCACACCUUUAACCUGGAGCUGGAAGGCGCCCAGCUGCUCAAGGUGAUCGUUUUCUCUUGGGAUCCUUCCUCCUGUCGGAACCGACUGUGCUGCCACGGCGCCGUGCUGCUGCCCCACAUCUUUCGGGGCAGCAGAGCCCAGCAGCUGGCUGUGCAGCUGCAACCCCGGGGCGUCCUCUUCUCCAAAUUCACUUUGGUGGAGCAGUGGGAAGGAGCGGGCGAGCGCCAGCCUCGCGUUUUCGGCGUGGAGCUGGGCCAGCUGGUAGAAAGAGAAAAAACAGCCACCAAAGUUCCUCUGCUCAUCCAAAAAUGCGUAGCCGAGAUCGAGAAACGCGGCUUAAAGGUUGUCGGGCUCUAUCGCCUCUGCGGUUCGGCCGCCGUCAAAAAGGAGCUGCGCGACGCCUUCGAGACGGACAGCGCCGCCGUCAGGCUGUCGGAACACCUCUAUCCCGACAUCAACGUCAUCACGGGGAUCCUAAAGGAUUACUUGCGGGAGCUGCCCACGCCUCUCAUCACCCCCACGCUGUACCACGUUGUGUUGGAGGCUAUGGCCAAACGACCCCCCCGGACCCCCCCGGGUGAUGCCGUCGCAUUACUCGACUGCCUGCCUGAUGUUGAGAAGGUGGGUGCUGUCAGCAGGGCUCAAUGGGGACCCCCUCAGCCCCCCCCCCCCGGGGGUCUCCUCCUCUUUUAUGUCUGGAUCGGUGACGCCUUGCAGUGCAGCACGUUUCCAUCACCCACAUCCAGGUGUUGCCUCUCUCCUGAAAGCCACCCCGAGCAUUUUGGAGGCCAGUCGCCCCCCAGCCACCCUCAGCAGCCCCCCCUCCGCCUGGACCUCGUGGACACAGCCGUGGUCGCCCGGCAUCGCCCCCGGGGACCCGAAAGCCCCCCCAGCAACCGCUACGCCGGCGACUGGAGCAUCGAGCUGGGGAGAUACGAGGAGGUGACGAGCGGCGACAGUCGUGUCGCGAAUCGCCGGACCCUUAUCGUGACCGAUUUUGGUCUCGGCGACGAAAGCGAUUCGUCGUUCGCUCCGAUGCUUAACCUCAAAGACUUCGAUGCUCUCAUCCUCGACCUCGAGAGGGAGUUGGCCAAACAGAUCAACGUCUGUCUGUGAUGCCGGUACCGAGCAAAACGA